GCCGCGGCUUUCGUUACCUCGGUCACCAUGCCUCACGACGACACCUCAUUGCUAUCCCGUCGACAGAACGGCGGAGAUAGCCUGAACGAAAACCCGGUCAUGUUCGCCAUCCUCCUUGUCUUUCUCGGCGCGUUCAUGUUCUUUCUCGCGGGCGGCAUCGCCUGGCACGCCAUCGUCGGCCGUAGGAGGGGCAGGCUCAUCACUGCACUCGCUGAGCUCCGGUUUGCGCUCACGCAAGAGAACAAGCCGGAGUUAUGGGACGCAUGGGCGGACCGGACGCAAAGCAGAGCGCGGGCGGAGUGGCGAACGACACAGCCCUUGGCGGUGAACGCUAUCUCCCCGCGCGAAGGCGGCGAUCUGGUCGACUUGAUGGACUGGGAUCUACCACUAGAACUGCUGCUGCAUCGCGUGCGCGGCGGGAACCGAUGGUGGCCCAUGUCGUUGCAUUCCCUGCUGCCGAAUCUCAGUCGCGAGCAGAUACGACAAUUGAUGAAACACGGCCGAAUAUCGCCCGCAGAUGAAGAUAGUCUCCCGAGGACGAAGGAGCCACCUACAAAUACCACAGGCGUUCAAGUCGCACUGGUUAUCGCGAUGCCUGUCCCUCCCAAACUGAAGGAGGACGAAGACAACGCCAAGUCCGACGACGCACAUCUAUUGCGCGAUUUCGUUAUCGGGACUACGUGUAUCCCUCUAUAGUGACCCCUUUCUUUCUGGGUAUGUAUUACUAAUCUGCUGGUUUGCUGUCCUACUUGUGCUAUCGACGAUACCAUGUUGACAUGGUUCUACUCACGGACAUUGUAUGGACCUACGACCUUUAGACGUGAUACCACUUUGCUGUAGUUAUAGGUUGAAGGAAUUAUGUAUUGCU